AUGGUGGGCAUAGGGAGGGAUGGGCACCUCCAAAAGAUUCAACUAGUAAAGGAUAAUGAGACUGGGCACAAUCAGUUCCUGCAAAACGGCCUGCAAGAAAAAGUAUCUGCUGAAGAACUGAAUAACAUACUUCAGAAUGUCAUGACCUGGGUUGUAGCCACAGUGACCAGCAUUUUAUAUCCGGCCAUCACGAUGUAUGAGGAAAGGUUGCGUUCAAAUAUUUACCCACUCUCGGAUGACUCAGUUCUUUCAUCGGGCAGCUCAAGUUUCUGUAGUACUUGCAGUGACGAUUUUGCAUACAGAACUUAUAAUGCAACUACAGCCAAAAAGAUCAGCUGUACAGACAUCAGCUCAAAGACUGUAACAAAUUUGGCGACAGUGCCGGAAGGGCAACCCAUGGUAACAAAAAUAUCGAGACCUACCCAAAUCGAAACAACCACCAUCCUGAAAGGAACAUAUUCCAAGAAGGGAGGACAGACAGUAACUCAGUUUAAGUAUAACAAGAUGGGGAUGACAUAUGAUGUCCCCAAAGCGAGGAGCUCUAAGUCUGACAGUCAACUGUUAUCUCCUAUCGAGCCAUGUGGGAAGAAGGAUGCUACUACAGAAACAGAAGAAUUGCCUACUGAUUCCCCAGAAGAAAAAGAAAAGGCUGUUGUUGAAAUGAAGGAGUUUAAAAAUGUUUUUGUUAACUUCAAAUGCCACCUAAAAGAAGAAACAGAAUUGAUUUUGGAAAACAUCUUUCAAGAAAUUCUGUGUGAUUUAACCCAAGCAAUUCCCUCUCUCUCUGCCGUUACGGCUGAAGUUUUCGUUGACCAUCUCGAAACUGGCAAAGACAGUGUGCUCUCCAAUGUGGAUGUCUGCUCGGCAGCCGCAGAUAUUGUUGAAAAUAUGCUUGAAAAGCUUCAAUCUGCGGUGGAAAAAAAAUGCAUUGAGAUCUUUUCACAAGAAGACCUGUCAAUCACCUUCAAGCCAGGUUUAACAGUCAGUGAAGAGCAUUUUGUUACCAAACCAGAGGCACCGUUUAGAACGAUGGUCACUGGUUCUCUGGAGCCAAUGUGCGACAUUGCAGAGGACAUGGUACACGUAAUUUUAGAAAAGCUGAUGACAUUUGCAACUUCUCAGAAAAGUAGUUUCAGUGACAUCAACGGCGACGGUGACAUCGAUGGCGACAAUGGCAUCAAUGGCGACAGUGACGUCGAUGGCGACAGUGGCGUCGACGGUGUCAGUGGCGUCAACGUCAACGGCGACGUCGACGGCGACGGUGGCUUCGGCAUCAACGUCAACAUCGACGAUGACGGCAACAGCAGCGACGGCAACAGCAACAGCAGCAACAGCAACAGCAGCAACAACAACAGCAGAAUGCCUAUGCUGACGCCUGCUCAUAGUAUUGAAUCUGAAGUUGCUAAUGUCAUUGUGAAAGAAGAAAUCCAGCACCUGGUGUCAAACAUUUUUUCCCAGUCAUCUGUGGUUAGCUACGUUGAAGAAGCCAUCAGCACCAUACUGGGUUAUAUACAAACCGAACUUGACCACGAGAGACUAAUUGCAUCUGAAGAAACUAUAGUAGUCCUGCAACUCCUUGAUGAUAUUUUCACGGACCUGAAUGAGGAGGAAGAAGUGAGAAUGGACACUUGUCAAAGUAAACGCCCCAGGCUGAAAAGUCCUAUUCUUAGUACGGAAGAGUACAGGCUCACAGGCACGACCGUGUCAAACAUUGGUCUCAGGUCUGGGAAACCAUUUCCACCUGUUAACGUUCCUGGCAUGGUCUUUUAUUCAGAAGAUGAAAAUGAAGAAAUAGACAAAAUGGUGGAAAGUGUCCUUGUGUCAUCCGUCAGAGAUCAGAAAGCACUAAUGCAAGAACAGGCUAGGCAAGAACAGCUGCGGAGGGAAGACGAAUGCUUUGGGUACAUCACAAAAUUCAAGCCACCCGUAAAGUCUGUUUCCCGUGGCAAAGUAGCAUUUCAGGACUGGGGAGCAAAGACUGAAUCACAAACUUCUAGUGAAGACAGGUUGACAGAAGCAAAGCCAAAAAGAGAAACAUUCAGCCAAGAUGAAAAAUAUCAGAUACAGAAAGCAUCCGAAAAUAUCGUUACAGACAUUUUAACCGACAUGCUCAAAGAAAUGAUGACCAUGCCCGCUAGUGAACUGACCUAUACAGACGUCAACGAAACUGCAUCUUUUGCCUCUGAGGUCUCCCCUGAGGAAUGGAUGGACCAAACUAAAAGUGAGAUGUUCUCAACAUCAGAAAUCAAUAUGGUGGCUAACGACAUGACAGAUGCAGUAUUAAAGAUACUGCACACGGCUUCAUCGUGUCAAAUUUUUGAUGUUAAAAAAGAUUCCAGUGCUACCUCACUUUAUCAGUCCUCUAUAGAAGCUCCAGAUACUUCCUCAGAGACAAAGGAAACCUAUGAUAUUGAUCAGAUUGCUCCAUUGGCGACCAAAGAGCCACUGAAAAUAUGGUUUGAGAGUGACAAGAAGAUGAAAUCUCUCUUCAAUAUAGACCAAGUACAACCUCCCUGGCUUGAAUCUCCAGCUACCGAAGAAAUCCCUGAAGCCGAUGAUGUUAGUGAUGAGAUCAUCCGCACAAUCUUUAAAAAGCUGAAAUUAUUUGUUUUUCCAAAACUGAAAAUACCUUCAAAGAAAGACCAAACGACGACCCCUUCACGCAAAAGGCUCUUUUCACCCUCGAACAUUCGGUCCCAACUUAGUGCUUAUACAACCAAGGUGGUAAACAUUGUCUUAGGUGCUAUUCGCAGUCAAUUGGAAGUGAACAAGAAGAAGAAAGAUACCCGAGAUACCCGAGAGCCUGACCCCAAAAAAGCAAAGGCAGAGGGAGACAAUUUUCCCCUCACUGAUAAAGAACUAGAAUGUGUGGUAACAAAUCUCAAUGAUGAUGUUAUGGCAAGUUCAUUAGUAACAUGCAUUUGUGAGAUGUUAUCUGGUGUGACUGCCGAUAAGAACGAACCAGUCUUUCCAUUAGACCCACUAGCAAUACCUGAUACUCUCGAUAUAAUCGAUAAUAAGGAUGUACAAAGAUGGUCAACAAGCCGGCCAUGUAAAAAGACAAUUUCCUGCCAUUCCCCGACUAUUGAAAUGAAGAUGCCUUUUGAACCUCAAAAAUGUACAAUUACUCCCUGCGCUCUGCACAGUGUAUUUAGUGGGAAGAAUCUCAAUGAGGCAGCUAGAACUCAAUUGUUGGAAAGGAUUGGCAAUACGGUAUUCGAAAUGUUGAACAAAAUCAUGGGAGAACCACUAAUCCCUGGUUUAAGUCAUUCGUCUGUUCACGAAGAGCGUACUGAUGAAAGUUUGAAAGCGGCUCCGGUUUUGCAUUCUAAUAUUCGGCUAGUUUCUAAUGGCAUUCUUGAAGACAUCCUUUCAAAACUAUGUUACGAGAUGGAACACAAACUCUCCGGUCCUGAAACUAAGAAGAUCCCGACUGACCUAGAUGGGGGUAGCCUAUGUCCUCCUACAGUGGUAGAGGAAGUGGCCAAGUGCACAGAUAUCAUAUCUUAUAUGGUAUCCAAUGCUAUCCAAGAAGGCAGUAAAGAGAUGUCUAGUCACAAAACAAAAAAUAUCGAAACUUCUAAGAAACCCGGCACACCAAGAGUCUGUCGUCGAAAUAAUCUUAAAAUGGUGGCUACAGAUAUUCUUAAAACUGUUUUCAACAAAUUAGAGGGCUUUGCCAAUUUAAAUUUAUGGUCUAGAGAUACCACAAGAAGUGAAAACAGUGCACAGCUAUCACCACGAGCCAGUACAUCGGCCAAAGGAGGUGAUCAUCUGCAGUCCACUCUACACAUAAAUGCCAAAAAGGUAUCAAGUGCCAUUUUGAAGGCUAUUCAGGGAGAAUUAAAGGAAAGCCCAUCUGACUCCAUGGUAAAAACCAGCCCUCCAACUGAAGAAAAAGUGGUGAUCAAAAACCUGGUCAAUCUCAUUUUAGAUGCCGUGUCUCCAGAAAUAUUUCACGAAUCUGAGUCUGAAGAGAAAGAUAUUGAAUAUUACCGAUAUAAGCCGGUCUAUGGCAAUUUUCUUCCUGGGGGUGCUGAAUCGGAUGCAUUUUUGGAAGAGUCUGAACAAGCAGAGGGAAAGGAAAAGCCACCAGAUGAUAAGGAUAAGGAGGACACUGGGAAGCAACGAGCUUUAGAAAAAACCUUAAAAAAGAUUGAAGUAGAACUGAAAGAACCCCAAACAUCUCCCGUAGUGCCAAUCAUACGAAAUGUUUUAAAUGAAGUUUUCCAGAAAGCUUUAGUUAAUCAACUCAGCAUGCUUCCUCUCCCUCAUUCCCAUUUGUAUGGCAUUCCUCACCCGGAGGAGCAAUCUGUCACUGAAACAUUCAUUCAGCUCAUGGAUAAAACUAUGGGGCCUCUGGUGUCUGAAGCAGAUGUAACUAUUGUUGCGGAUAAUGUUGUUAAGAUUGUAUUUCAAAAGCUUUAUUCUGCUGCCAUGGCUGACAGAAAUACGGGCAAAAGUAAGUACAGAACUAUCAACUUUUCAGCCAAUGCUCCUUUUCAGGAACAAAGUAAUCAGAGAAAGACAUCUGGGUAUCCAACAGCACCAAAGAGAGAAUCACAUCACCUGCGUGCCUCCUUAAGUGUCGACAGACUGACUAAGGUCAACAUAGUUGCCGAUAUUUUACAGACAGUCAUAAGCAACUUGGAAUCUUUUGCUACUUCUAAAGUCAAAUCUCUCUUUUAUCCUCCAGUUAGCUUUACCACCACAAGGGCUUUACCUACACCCCAAGAACCUACUUCAUUAAGCAAAGAGAUGUUACCUACAAAAGACGUCCAUUCUCCUAGGGAGCAAAUUUCUUAUCCCUCAGUGGAUCUUACUAGACCAGAAAAUAUGGCCUCAACACGCCAAUUGUCUGUCUCUAAGCUGAAUAACUAUGCAACAGAAGUGGCUAGAAAAAUCUUGCAAGGAAUCAAACAAGAGCUAGACAAAGAAUUGGAAAGUCCUGUAGUAACCCAAAACAUCAUUGUGUCUGAAAACAUCGCAAGUCAGAUUGUUAAUAAAGUUUUAGAUAUUGUAUCUACCAAAGGAAAAUCUGAUAAAAGCAAACUGGAGAAAGAAAAUACUUCCGACCUGCAAGAAGGCAUUGUAGAAAAAAUGUUUAAUAAAACAGAGUAUCGAAAAGAACUUCAAUUUCAAAUACAAGGUAUUAUGGAAAAUAUCUUAAGGGACAUUUGUGAGAAAACACUGGAUCACAGCCACAUCCCACCUUCUCCCACCACUCUUUAUCAGCAUAAUCUAGGAGCUGAGCCACCAGAAGCAAGCCCUGAAGUGGCAGCUGAAUGUACAGGCGAUGGCACCCCCAAACGCCCAAUUCCUAAAUCAGAUGUUAUCACAAUGACCAAGGAUAUGGUGAACAUAGUGCUUCAGAACCUCAGUUCUGCUGUUACAAUUGGCAGGACCACAAAGGAGCCCAUUUCAGCACCUUUACCAGUGAAAUCCCUUUGUGAUGCGAUCACAAAAACCGAAGAGCCUCCCUCUCUCAGGGACAUAAUAGAAGAAAAACUAGGAAGUGAUCUAUCUGAUGUAGGAAAGAAAAAGAUCAAGGUCGUGAGAGUGAAAUCUCAUGACAAUGACGAAGAGAUGCCAGUAGAGGAGGUCGAUGAUGCCAGUCAAUCUCUCUUGGACCCACGUGUGGAAAAUGCUGACUAUAUUACUAACAACAUUCUAAACAGAUUAGAAUCUUUUGCCACAGAAAAAGUAGAUUCCCUAAUUAGCACUGAUUCACAGACUAAAGAAAAAUCCUUUGAUGUCACUGAACCUCCCAGUCACCUACAGGAUGAAGGCCUCUUUCUUACAACAAGCCAUGUCCAGUCAAAUAUGAAGGCCUUGAAAUUAGCCACAACCAAAGCUCUUCUUGGCCAGAAUCUCAGAGAUGCUUCACUAGCCAGUUACAAAGAAAACGCAGCAUCUACAAGUCACGGGUCACAAACCAAUCUUAGGGAUUAUGCCGAUAUAAUUGCUAGUACGGUCUUAAAAAUUAUCAAAAACGAUUUGGACUUAGAGAUGCAAAAGUAUUCUUAUCCAAAUAAUGUCUCAUUUCAAGAAAAUAUCAUAGCAAGUGAAAUCAUAAACAAUAUCUUAAAGACGCUGGGGGAGAAAAAAUCUUUAAAGGAAGGAACAUGUUUAUCGAAGCUUCAAAUAGCUGUGCAAAAUGAAAUGCCAUUGGAAGAAAGAGAGGAUAAAAACACGGAAAUCUCUCUUCUUUCCAAAUAUCCAUUAAAGCGAAGCUCACUGAGUUCUGAAAAUGAAAAUCAGAGGACAGUUUUGGAGGAAAUAUUCAUGAGAAAUGGCGAGUCGAGACAAGAAGAAAACGCCCCAAUCUUCAGCACAGUUGAAGAUGUUUUAAAUAAGGUAUAUCAACGGACAGUGGAAGACAUUGGCCACUUGCCAUCUUUUAACGAAUUCUCUCACUUUAUGUCGGAGUCAAAAAUGAAAACACCAGCUAUGGCUCCUAAAAAAUCAUUUCGGUCCAACAUUAGUAUUGUAGCAAAUGACAUCGUUGACAGUGUAUUUGGCAAAAUGUACUCUGUCAUUGUGACAGCCAUAUAUGAGAAUGGUGAAAUAGAGAGUGAAAUGACUGCAACUGGCAGUAAAGACAUACUGGUGGCAAAAACACCGUGUUUCAGUGUAUCCAAACUGUCAGAAAAAAGGAGCGACCCUUCCCUGGUCUUAAUGCCUCAAACUUACCCUCAUUCGGGUGUUAAAAAGAUUCUAUUAGAAAACAUUUUAUUGCGCUGUUCUCCACUGAGAGUGGGUGAAGAUCUGGUGCAAAUGGUUUUUAGCAAGAUUGCAUCUUUUGCUUCCUUGAACCCGGAAGAGUAUUAUCCUCCUGAUGUUCCAUCUGAUGGUGUCUCGUCUUCCCGGCAACAUGUGGCUAAAACCAGUCCCAAGACAAGUCUUAGGAGCAGUUUAAAAACAAGCAUGAAACUCAGCUCAGUGCAGAAAUGUAAGGCAAGAUCCCAGCCAAUAUCUAGUAAUUCUAAGGGGAAGGGCAAAAGCAAAAUAGUCACAGAAGAAAAGAUUGCAUUGCGAGGAAGCCGUUCCAAGUCUCUCCUUGGCUUUUCACACGUCUUGUCGACAGGAGAUGCCAAAACUGCCCCCCUGCAAACGAAGUUGCCUAUAUGUGAGCUCAAAAACUAUGCCAAAGAUAUAGUGAGUAACAUCCUGGAAACCAUCGUAAAUGAUUUCCAGAAGGUGAAAUGCAAUAAAGCAAUGGUCAACAUAGGAAGUUUACCAAACUCCGACCAAAUCACAGCAGCAAGCGAACUGGUUAAUACCGUUUUGCAAGGACUGUAUUCCUCCGAAUCAAAUAACUUUGCUUAUCAGAUUAAAUCUGCACACAUAGAAGACGUCAAAUUUACUGAAAGGAAGUUGGGCGCAGAAUCUUUUUCUAAGCCUCAGGCUUGUUUUUUCUUGGAGAAUGUUUCUUCACAGCUAGAACAAAUUUUUCCUAAAGAAGGUAUUUUUAAGAAAAUGUUUGACAAGUGGCAAACAGAGUCAAGCGACAUGGAAAAUGAAAAAUAUAAGCUCCUAAUGGUUGCUGAAAAUGUCUUGAGUGAAAUCUUAAUAAAAGUGAAAGAGUUAGAAUGUUCUGUUUCCCUCCUAAAGAUGCCCCCUAUUGAGGCUUGUGAAAGCAUUUUCUGUAAUACUUUUAAAAGAACAUCUGCUAGCGUUGAUGAUUCCAAAGCACAAAUUAAUUUGUUUGGCAGAGAAAUUGUUGAAAUCCUAUUUGAAAAGUUACAAUUGUGUUUUUUGACCGAGAUGCCCAUUCCUGACAGUAAGGAAACUCUAGCAAGAAAAAAAGAGCAGAUCAGUUCAAGGACUAAAUAUUUUUCUGCAACUGGACAGCUACUGAGCAAAGUACCUUCCUACAGUACGAAACUGAAGGAUCAGAUCUCUUUGAGUUCUAAUGGCAGAAUUGCUAGAGAGAUUGUUGAGAAUGUGUUGCGUACCCUGGAAGCAUUUGUAGAUUUACAAUUUAAACACAUCUCAAAAUACGAAUUUUCUGAAAUUAUGAAAAUACCCAUUGAAAACUUUUAUCCUGCCCAACAGAGACCGCUGAGUAGGCGAAUACUGCCAAAAUUACAACCACUGAAUGAUUUUCCCGAUGAAUCAAAGUUAAGUAAUAUGAUCACAAAGGAAAACAUACAAAAAACCCUUUUUCAGGUUCAUUCAUUCCAUUCAGAACUGCGUACUUAUGCAAUUAAUGCUGUUAAUGACAUGCUUCAUAUCAUUAAAUGCAAGCUAGAAAAAGAAAUCAGCCAAAUGGAACCAUCUUCAAGUAACAUCUUAGAAGAAAACAUGGUAGCAAGUGAAAUCAUCAGUAACCUAAUGGAUCACUGUGUUCAUUUCACUGAUUCUGUGCUUGAAAAUAUACCCAAGGAAAGCCCCAUUCGAGGAGCUGAAAAUACUUACACUGUUCACCGGGUUGAAGUAGCAACUACCAUGAAAAUGUCCAAUUCCAAGUUAAAAGACAUGAGUAUUCGGGAAGGCCUUCCACCUUUCCAAGUGCCUGGUUCAAUGGUUUUUUCAGAGGAAACCCCGGGAAAAUAUGAAAGGAAUUUAUCUAAUAUUCCCUCAUAUGUCAGAUACUCUGCAGGAGACACUGCAGGCACAUCAAGCAGGCCAGAUUCAGAACUAGAACCAAGAUCUAGUAGAAGAGAAGUGCGAAGUAGUUCCUCAAGGAGAGGCAAUUUUGACUAUUUUGAGGAAGACCGUGUGCGACAAGAAAGUUCCGUUCCAGAAGGGAGUGUAUUACAAAAAUUGUUUAAGAAAAACAGUGAGCCUCCUGAUUUGGUAUUUAAAGAUAUUGUGCCAUUUGUAAACCCGGAAGAGAAUGAAGAGGAACCAAGUACACUUCGCUAUGAGCAAGUAAAAUCAGAUAUGGAGCCAAAGAAAAUGCAUACAACUGUUACUCCGUUGAAAAUAUGUCUUGCUGCUGAAAAUAUUGUCAACACUGUUCUGUCUUGUUUUGGCCUGGAUACCCAGGCACGUGUAACAGAGAGGGAUGUAGAGAUGAUCAAACCAUUUUUCAUAUCAAAGGCACAAUCAAUAUCUGCUUUUCCCGCACAAUCAUCUACAGAUCAAAAGGAUGAGGAAAGAAAUUUGCUUAGAACAUGGGAAAAAAGACUCCAGUGUGCCAUUGACAGAGAACUCAAAACCCAGGAUAAUACAAUGUCUCAUGGAAAUGAAGAUUAUACUUUACUUGAAAAGUGGGAAAAUAAAUCACUUCCAAGGGGGGAGAAAAUAGAAAUUCUGAAAACAUUUGAAGUCAUUUCUUUUGCUGAUUAUGAACUGGGUCCAUCUGAAAUCUACCAGAUAGCAAAAAGUGUCACCAUUUCUGUGGUCACACAUUUCAAGAAUCUCCAAAGUGGAGUGCUUUCUGUUUAAGGUCCCCGUGACAUUUCUUCAUCACCGAGGCAAAAACUAGAUUUAAAGAGGCCUUUAAGAAAUGAGCAUAGUGAAGCUUCUCUGAAUGAGUUUUGUGACUACCUCACCGACUCUGUGAUUUCCUGCAUAACUGCGCGCAUUUCCGAUGGCACUGAAGAUGGCAAAGCAAAGAUGAAAGCUCUCGAAAACAGAAUUUCAGCAUUUGACAAAUUCAUUUCAAUCACUUCUGAAGCAUUUGGAGCCCAAGGACCCAAGAGUCACUCCAUUCCUAUUAGUGACAUUGCUUUCAGUGUUUCGGAAAUAAUCAUUCGAAUCCUAGCAAAUAGUAACAUUUUAAAGGCGGAUCCGAUGGAUUUUGUCAUUUCCCCACAAACAAGAUACAUUUAUUCUCCAAAUAUUAAUAACAUUAAGAGCAUUAAUGAUAUCUUUCAAGAUCUGCUAAUAGGAGUGAUUCAUGUGCUGACAAAAGAAAUAGGCAUCAAUAACUACGGUGACACUAAAGGGAAGCCGAUUCCCGUGGUUAAAAGUCGGAGUGCUCCCCUUUGCCAGAAAGGCAGCCCCAUAGAAAGGGAGGCAAGCUGGAACUCACCAGUUACUAACAGAACAGAUCAACUCGUCCAGAAAGAUAAAAGCAACAACGUGGCAACUAAAUUAGACAGUCUAAUCGGGAGCCUAAAAAGUAGUGAAUCGAAAGACAUGGUGAAUAAAGUUUUUAAUAUCGUCUUAGAUUUGUUUUUGCCAGAUGAAUGCCAAAGUGGGGCUUUGGACUCUGUCAAAACAUCAACAAGACAAUUUUUUGACUCUUCAGAGAAGCAGCCUAAUAACCUCGGCUUAUCCCCCAAAUCUGUUUUCCUCCUUAAUGUUGUGUGUGAGAAACUUAUAAGGACCCUUUUGGAAAAAUGUACCACAGAAACAAUGGCAGGCAGCGCUCUUUCUGAGGAGCUGUCUAAUACGGAACGGCAGCUUUUUAAUGUAAUCCAGAGUGUGGAGGAGGAGGAAUUUAGUGGCAGAGAGGGGAAAAUGACCGCAGAGCAAGCCGAGCCCUUUCAAACAGAGGACGAUGUGUCAGACUUUGUGUUAGAACAGCUGGCUGAAACUGAACAAGAGUUGAUUUCCUCAGAGUCAAUGCUCAGCGUCAUCUCCCAUGGCUUGGUAAAGUCCCUGAUGGAAAAGCUAUCGAGCAGCAUACAGGGAGGGACCCCCAAAGCCCAAUAUGCCAAUAAGCUUUCAAAGUACAAUGCGAGAGAUAGACUGUCCAACGCCAGAGGAGCCCGACCGGUAAAAAGCCUUACACGGUCCAAGGAAAAAUUAACAUCCGGGACCCUCAACAAUCUCCGAAUUAUUGGCUCCAAAAUCAAACCACCCUUUAAGCAGUUUUCAGAUACACCCUCCCUUUCUACUUCCUCCCUGAAGAAACUGGACAGGAAAGAAUUAAAAAGCAGAACGGUUCCCAAAAUGCUGCAGUCAGGCCAACUCAGUACAGGUGUGUACUCAGCCACGUUUCUAGAGGACAUUAUUUCGGACCUGUUUUUUUACAUUUAUACUGCGUUGUGUGACCGAGAUGAAGAUAUCCCAGAGGAACAGCUUGGUGAUAUGAAUACAUUAUUUGUCAACUCCGUGGUGAAUGCAUUCAAUAAGGCUCAAGUCACCGUGCUCCGGAAUGCCGAAGAAAGGUUGUGUUUCCCACCUGUACAGAAGGAAGCCGUGAACAAAAUUGUUGACUCUGUUUAUAAUGAAGUUUUGCAGGAAUACGAAUCCAAAAUGGCCGAUGUCAGCGACGGAACUGAUGACCUCAACGUACUAGCUGAGCGGACGACUGAUGCUGUGUUGACUGAGAUUUUAGACUACCAACUCCCAUCGUGCUUUGUGGAAAGACUCACUCCUGAAUCGUACUUCCCCCUCAAAGUUGAAAACGUCCUUCAGAAGUUCCAAGAAAACCUAAAGGAGUUCAGUUCCCAACUUCAGCCUUUGGCAGGCUACACUACCAUGCUACCUCACUCAUUUCUAGAGGAUGUCAUUAGAAGGCUGUUAUCACAGAUCAUCCCUCCAUCCUCUAAUGACGGUUGGUCUAUGGAAAAGAAAUAUUUAAUGAGCUCAGAUUUUAAUGAAAUGUCUGCUUGCAUAAUAAACAAGGUUAUGUCAGCCAUUUCUAAACACAAGAUUUGGCUCACCAAAUAUGAUCAUCAAUAUUUAUAUUCAGAAAGAAAUCUCCAAACAAUGGUUGACUCAGUUUACGAUAACAUUUUGAAAGUCUCAGGAUCACACACAUCAGUACAGAAAAGUGUAACAAGCCGAAGUCCCAUCAUCGUGGACAGAAUAGCCAGCUUCAUUAUUCAAGAGAUUACUGAAAGUCACCUUCAACCCUUUUUAUUUGGGGACAGCGCCCCUCAAUCAACAGCCGCCGAUGAAGUGGCCAACAUGGUCAAGAAUGUGCUCAAUGAAGUGACGGGGCUGCACAAAUCACCUACAGCAUCGGCCUCCCUAAGCAUGGGGGUUUACCCUGCUGAAUUUGUGGAAGAAAUUGUUGCCAGACUCUUAUCAAAGAUCUUUAGCCCCAAAGUGAAGACGGGGGAAGAACUAAACAACGUUACGCACAAAAUUGUUGAUUCCAUAAAUGCUCACUUUGAUCGAGCCAAAGUCCGAGUGGUACGCCAUGAUGAGGCGCAGCCUUUUCCGCCUCUUAAUAUUGAUAUUGUGGAUGAACUGGUGGACUCUGUCUACUCCAAUGUCCUGAAACAGCAUGGCCUAGAGCCUGAAGUAGAGCGAGAAGAAUCAAUGAAGACUGACGGCUUUGUUGAAAAUCUGACCAGUUUAAUUGUAGCGGCAAUUUCUGAUUAUCUUCUUCAUCCCCUUUUUUCGGGAGAACUCUCUGCUUCUUCCUAUUCUUCUCUAACAGCAGAGAACAUUGUGCAAGAAGUCCUAAAUGGGAUGAACAAAACCAGCAAGCAAAGCCAGAGCCUGUCUCCCUAUAAUACCUUAUUACCUUACACUUUCCUAGAAGACAUGAUACGGGUGCUUCUGUCUCGAAUUUUUCCUUCAGCACCGGGGAUGGCUCCCUAUAAAGAAGAUGUAGGAGAUGUGUCUGGAGUGAACUUCAAUGAAAUUGCUUCAAAGCUAAUCAGUGAUAUCCGGAGGAAAAUUUCAAAACAUGAAAUUCGAUUUUCCAAAGAUGAUGAAGAGCCACAAUAUGUGUAUUCAGAAGACGAUGUACAAAAUCUUGUCGACUCGGUUUUCAAGAACAUCUUGCAGAACUCUGGCUCUCAAGAAGCAAUCGAGCUGGACAUAACGAGCAGUAAUAAUACUUUCAUUGACCAAGUAGCUGGUUUUAUCAUCAAAAACAUUUGUCAGCAACACCUUCAGCCAUUUGUGUCCGGAAAAGCAAUCCCUCCACCCCAGGCAUACCACGUCGGUGGGCGAAGGCAGCUGUUACAGUUUUAUGCUGGCGUUUACUCUUCAACGUUUCUGGAGGAAGUCAUCUCUGGAGUUUUAUCCAAAAUCUUUUACAAGGUACUGGGUGUUGCAUAUGCCAAAAUAGGAAGAGAACAUGAAAUCGAACUGGAGGAGACAGCUAUUCAGCUCAUAUACGCCAUAACAGAGGAGUUUAGAAAAGCACAAGUUAGCAUUCUGGAAAAUGCCGAAGAGGAACUGGGUUUGCCACAUGUAGACAGGGACAUCAUCGUUAAGAUAAUCGACACAGUUUACAACAAAGUGUGGCAAGAAUAUGACUCAGACCUAACCCCUGAUAAGGACUUCUUAAAUGACACAAAGAGCCUGGCGGAAAGGACAACCAAAAUCAUUCUCGCAGAAAUAUUUGAUUUUCAGCUCCAACCAGAUCUGGUGGCAAGGCUACCAUUCAAGUCCCUGUCAAAUCUCAGUGCUGACGUUUUGAUCAAGAAAAUUCAAUUUGAAAUGACCCGAAUCAAGCCUCGGAGACAGACUUCAACAAUAUACACGACCAUGUUAUCGCAUACUCAUUUGGAAAAGAUAGUCACCCAGCUUUUAGCGCAGAUGUCUCCCGACUCUGGCGCAGAAGACGCAAUUACUUCAAAGCCGGAUUUAAGUAAAGCGGUUGUGAAGUUGAUCAAUGAAAUCAUGGCCAUCAUUUCCAAACAUGCUAUCUGGAUUACAAAGCAUGGCAAUGAGAAGCAAAGCAUGAUUUCGGAAGCAGAUAUUGAGAAUAUGGUGGAAUCCAUUUAUGCUGAUAUUCUACAUUCGAAUCUAUACCAGUCGAUUUCAAAAGAUAAAACCGACAUAAGUAAUAUACCAGUUUCCAAAAUAGCAAGUUUCAUUAUCAAGGAAAUUUUUAACCAUCACCUUCAGACAUUUCUAUCUCAAGAUCAACCCUUUCCUCAGUUUACACCCAAUUUACCUAGGCUACAAACUUCCAAAGACACAGAAAUCGAACCAAAAGAAAUGGCUCUCAUUGUUAACUCAGCUAUAUUUUUGGAGGAAGUCAUUUCUGAGCUUUUGUGCAAAAUCCUUUAUGCUGUCUCACAUAGCUUCUCCUCACCUGAGGAGGAUCCAAUUAAGUCAAAAGCCAAAGUCACCGACAUUGUUACAAAAUUAGUCAAGUCGAUUGUGAACGAGUUUGCGGCAUCUCAAAUUUUGGUUGCAGAAAAUUUUGACGAAAAUCUGUGUUUUUCUGAAGGCUAUAAAGAAAUGGUUAGUAAAAUAGUCAACUUGAUUUAUAAAAAAUUAAUAGAUGAUUACAAAUCUAUGGCUGUCAUGUAUAUGGAGAUAGAACAAGAUACCCAUAACUUUGGAAGGAAAAUAUACAAUUUACUUUUGGGAGAAAUUUAUGAAUAUCAAGUGCAAGCAUUGAUUUCUGGAUCAUUAUCUUCGACUAUCUAUUCUUCACUCAGAACGGAGAACAUUAUUCGAAACGUACUAAACGUUAUUAGUAAGGAAAGCCAUUAUUUGCCAUCCUUCGUUACCGUGUUACCUCGUUCUCUUUUGGAAGAUAUGGUUUCUAAACUUUUAGGUCAUAUUUUUCCUCUAUCUGAAGCUCAGGUCAAAAGGAAGAGGCAAGAAGAGCCACCGGAUGAUGAUUUUAUGAGUGCAGCUUCAAAACUGACCGAAGCUAUCAUAGCCGAAAUUUCUGAACAUGAAAUUCGACUGACCGCUGCAGAGGAGAAUGCCUCAAGUAUGAAUCUGGAAACCAUCGAAAGCAUAGUCGACUCGAUUUGCAGAAACAUUCUGAAGAAAGCUGAAUUCCAAGCUGAAGUCCAGAAAGAGGAGACUGAAAAGGGAGGCACAUUCCUCACCAAAAUAGCAGGCUUCAUUAUGAAGGAAAUCGUAGAUCAUCAUCUCCAGCCAUUCUUACAUGAAGAGGACACUGAGAUUGCCGAAGCUUCUGAUAAAGAGUCUGUCGUUGAAGUUCCUGAGCAAGAAAAGGAGCAACCGUGCACACCGCAGCCUUCCCUUUAUUCAGCCACAUUCUUAGAAGAUGUUAUUUUUGAUCUUGUUCGAAAAUUGUACCCUGUCCCCAAAACUCCAGAGUACAAUGAGGAAGAGGGCAUAAAAGAGACCAACCUUGUGGGCAUGGCUAUCAAGUUAGUAAAUUCUCUAAUAGGUGAAUUUCGGAAAAGUGAUAUUAAAGUUCUCCCCAAUGCAGAAGAAUUGUUUUCUUUUCCACCAGUAGAUAAAGAAACUGUUCAUAAAGUGUCUGACUCUGUGUAUGAUGAGGUUGCUAAAAAAUACAAGCAUGAGGAUGUUCAUCAUGAUGAGGAAGAGACCAAUUUUUAUAUUGAAAUGAUAACCAAAUUAGCCAAGAAGGCAAUCUCGGGUUUCAAAGUUAAGCCCCUUUUUUCUGGAGACUGGUUUUCGCCUCUCUUUUCAUUUCUUGAACCAGAUAAAAUCACCCAAAGGGUCCAAUUUCUGCCACCAAAGGUCUCAUUUGAUAAAGACAUAAAGGAUGAGCCUAUCAAAGAUUCUCUACUGCCAGAUUCCCUCACACUUAUAAAUGUAAGUGGAACUAUAAAAGAUGACACAAAUCUGGGCAGAAUAAUUGGAAAGAGGGCCGAAGAGAUGAUUGAAACUCUACCUGGCGAUGUGGACCAGGAUGCAAUGUUCAUUUCUCUAGCGAGCACUAUGAAAACUAAAAUGUGUGCCCUGGAAUCUUCAGAUUGGGAUUUCAUUGAUAAAAGGGAAAGUGAGGAAAAGACAAGUGAGAUGCCAAUUAUAAAAGAUGAGGACAAGGACUCAAUAAAAUUCAUUUCUGUGGCCACCAGCACCAAAAGUAGUAUCAGGAGUCGCCAGGACCGUUGGAAAAUGGAUCAAAAGAGUGAUGAUGGUUCAGCCAAAGAAGACGACGUGGAUGAAUACGAGGAAGAGUCGAUAAAAGUCAUUGCAUUCAUGAAAAGCAGAAAGGAGACUCCAGAACCAGAUAUCAAAAAAACACCCACUAAGAGUAUUACAAAGAAGAAAGAACACCAUUUGGCCCCUGAAAAGGAUGAUGAAGUGCCAAUACAAAGUAUUUCUCCGGUAAAAAGCAAGAAAUCCAUAGAACUCCUUUUCCAUUUGCCAAAGAGUAAGACUGAACAACAGAAAAAAGACAGUUCAGUUGGGACAGAGGAUGACGAAAGGGCAGUUAGGCCCCCUCCUAUAGUCUCUAAGGCGCAUAGUAUGAGGACUUUACAUGAACCCAGUGUCACAGCAGCCUUCAAAAGGAAGACAGAUAGUGGUGUGCAAACAGAUAUUGAAUAUGACCCAGUGAUGUAUUAUGAAAACGUUGAAAAUGUGAUCGAUAAUAUUUAUAGUAACGUUUUAGAAACGUCUACUCAGACGGCCCAAGAUGAUACCGGGUACGAAACUGUCAUUCCUACCAAACCGCCACCUGCUGAGAAGCAUGGCCGACCUUCGUCAGUGUCUCCAUUGCCCCCAGUUCACAAAGAUAUUCCUAGCAAAGGCAAAGAAGGGAAGAAGAAACGGCCGAGUGCUGAAGCCAAAACACCAUCCUAUUCACCCGAAUUGAAACCGAGUGCUGAAGCCAAAACACCAUCCUAUUCACCCGAAUUGAGACCAAGUGCUGAAGCCAAAACACCAUCCUAUUCACCCGAAUUGAGAGCGGGUAUUUUUUCAGCUCGAUUUUUAGAAGAUGUUGUCACCGAAAUUGUAAACAAGCUGAUCUUUUCUUCUUCGCCCGAAACGUGUCCAGAGUGUAAAGCACAGGAGGACGUAAAUCAGGCUGAGCUCUACGAAACGGCAAUGAAGCUGAUCGAAUCUCUGUUAAAAGAGUUUUCUGAAGCCCGCAUUAAGGUGUUUAGGCCCAUUAAGGAGAAGCAACCUUUGGCCGAGGAUUCUAAGGAGAAAGGGGCAGGCAAGCAAAAGGGUGUUACCCAGGAAGAACCACCUCGCUACAGAACCCCAUCACCCCUUAAAAUGCCACCCGAUUCCAAAAAAAUCUUGGUCGAUAGGGCAUCGGGUAAAGAAACGCCACCUUAUGAUGAUUUACCACCAGUGGAUAAAACGCUGGUCAGUAAGGUCGUACACUCUUCUUUAUGUAACGUGCUCCAUGACUACAGAUCUCAAGAUUCGAUUUGCAGAGACAUCAAUGAGAGUGAUAAGUUAGCCAAAAGACUGGCUAGCGCUGUCAUAGAAGAAAUGUUUCAGCAUCAGCUCAACCUACUUCUGCAGGAUGAAUUGCCCACUGAAAUGUUCAUACCGCUGGAAUCUAAAGAUGUUGUCAAAAAAGUAGAAAAAGUUGCCCAAAAACACACUAAAGAGUGUCAGACGUCCUCGCCAUAUACCAUCAUGUUGCCUCACGAAUUUUUGGAAGAAAUGAUUGCAUCUCUUCUGGCCAAAAUUUUCCCACAAGGAGCCGAAAAAAAACUAGGGGCAAAAGCACAAGUUGACAGUCUUUUUAACGAACUGAAUUUCAUUCAAAUGAAAUUAGUCAGCAGGGUUAUGACAGAGAUAUCAAAAGAUGAAGAUAUGCUAAUCCAGUAUGUUGAGUGCUUGCAUCCCAACGAUGAUGAAGUAAUUCAGGUAGUGGUACAGUCUGUUUAUAGUAAUCUUUUGCCACAGUUCGGCUCUAGAGAGAUCAUACAGAACUGUGCAACGAGCGGAUGCAGAAUGCUUUCUGAAAGCAUAGCCGACCUAGUCAUCCGAGAGGUUGCUGGCAAUCAACUACAGACAUAUUUUUCUGGAGAGUUAACACCCCAUCAGUGUGCGGAAGUUGAUAAUGUUGUUGAAAACAUUCUUAAAGACAUCUCCCAGACCCCUAGAGAUGUUCCAACUCAAAGAACCUCUGAUCACCAAUUACCUGUGAACAUUCUAGAAGAAAUCGCAGUACAGUUUUUAACCAGACUUUUGUCUGUGAUCCCCAUGAUGGAUAAGGAAAGAACAAAGUCUGUGGAGGCCGAAAUGGGAAAAAUUACUAACAAAAUAAUAACAUCACUGAAAGAGUUUAUAUCCAAAAGUCCAAUUCAAAUUGUACAGCAGGAUAGUGAAACGACCACAUUGCCUAAAGAAGAACAUGCAGCUAUUGAAAAAGUAGUUGAUAAUGUUUAUGAAACUGUUUUAAAACACUCUGGCUCUCACUUAUCCAUGUAUAAUGAGUUAGCAGGGAAGAGCAAUGUUCUAGCUGACAUAAUAGCCUUCUUAAUAGUCAAGGAAGUUUCCAGUCCUGAAUUUCAGGAAAAAUUAAUUUCUGAUGAAGAGGCAUCAACUCCUCAACUGGCAUUAGAAGCUGUCAAAGUUAUGGAAAAAGUCCUAAAAAUUGUUGAUGACAUUAAGACACGAGAGAAACCUUCACCCCCGAUAAUUCCAGUGCUGGACUCCUCCCUUUUGGAGGAAACAUUGGCAUUAUUCCUAGCAAAAAUAGUCAAUUUGCCCUGUGAGACAACCAAAGAGGCAAAAAGCCUAUCCAAAACUGAAAUGAAUAAAAUUGCAUCUCAACUGACAAAAUCAGUGUCUGCCAAAAUUUCCAAAAGUAAUAUUAGUCUCGUGGCUGCUGACACUGAAACACACUUUAUGAACCCAGAAAGUAUUGAAAUUAUUUCUCAGGUUGUUGAUUCCGUUUACGAUAAUGUUUUGAGACAGUCUGGAACCCAAGAGGAAUUCUUUCAUGAUGUGAAAAGUAUGAACAAGCUGUUCCCCAAAAAAGUAGCUAGCCUUAUAAUCAGUGAGAUUUCUCAUUGUCCUCAAGAAUCUGUUAGCUCCCACAGUUUACAUAGUGAAGUCUUCAGUGAUCUGGAUGUUGAACGAAUUGUUGAAAAAGCCAGUGAGCAUGUCACAAAAAUGGGCUCUCUGACGACAAAAGAAGAUGAUAUCGAGGAGGAUGACAUGCAAGUUAAAAUUGUUCCUCACAUUGGAAAUAAGCCAAUCAGAAUAGAUCCAGCCAUUGUCUCUGAACAUUUGGCAGUGAUUUCACUCAAAACUUUACCACUGGAGAAGCUAAAGAAGCAGUGUUUGUCAAGAACCGGACACAGUCUAGCAGAGCUAAGAAGAGCUUCAAUAAGUGGAAAGAGCUACUCAACAGAAACAAUUGACAUAGAAUCAAGGAAAAAAGAAAGACGGAUCUCUUUGGACAAAACAGGACGGUUGGAUGUAAAGCCCUUUGAGGCCUUUUGCAGGAACUCAUUUCAGAAUGUAAGAAAGCCCGAUAUCACCAGGGUGGAACUCUUAAAAGAUGUCCGGAGCAAAAAGGACCUUAUCAUUCGGCUAGUCGCCCAUGACAUUGAUGAGGAAGAGACAGAAAAUAGGAGACAGGAUGGUUUAAUCUCUGAUGAUGAUGAAUUGGGUUCCCGAGAAGUUGUUUUAAAAGAAGAGAGUGGUGCCCUCGAGCUAAUGGAGCGGCAUCCGAAGGAAGCGGGAGAGGGGAAAGUUCCAGUCAAUAAAAUCAGUUUCCCCAAAUCUACACUAAGCUCCAGUAGCCUAAAGAAAUUGCUGUCCAUAAGCAAGUGUUGUCAGGCUACUACUACUACUAUACCAGAAAGCAUUAAACCCGGUCCAAUGAGAAUCAGGGACUCAGAAGUCCUAGAAGUACCAGAAGAGCAAGAGGAGCCCAAUGUGCCCAAAGUGCCCGAAGUCCCAGAAGUGCCAAUAGCUAUUGCAGAAAGUGAAGUGCUUACCCAUGUAUCAUCUUUGUCAAAGAUCGAGUCUUUGGACGUAGAAGAAAAGCCACACUCCUCCGAAGAAGAGGUGAAAGAUGUGACUUCAGAACCUCCACAUUAUCUGAUACACAGAACUAUGAGCUCCUACUCAUACAACCAAGAAAUGCUUUCUGAAGGGCUUUGUAUUUUAUCCAAGAAGCUAAAUGGCCCCACUGAAGGCCUAUGA